GCAAAAUAUGAGUGAGAGAGAAAGGGGGGCAGCAAGGAAGAGCGAGGGGUGGAAAGUAAAUUAUUAAGAAAAGGGGAAGGAGAGAUAUUGAGUUUAUUUGUGAAGAGAUUUGACCGGAUCACGAUGUUACGAUUAAGUCUCCUGCUUCUCCUGCUCGCCCACCCAGCCUGCUCGACACUGCUGGGAUGGGUGGAGUCUCCAGGGUAUCCCACUGGAUACUUGCCCCAUGCCAGUCUAAACUGGAGCAGGUGUGCCCCCAAAGGUCACACCCUCUCCAUCAGACUCAUCCACCUGGACCUGGAGGACAGCAAAGACUGUGAAAACGAUGCCGUGAAGGUCUUUUCAAAUGGAAACCUAAUUUCCGUUCUAUGUGGCAAAAGAGAAUUUGAGGAACUUCAGUCCACCGUAAAUCCCUUGCUCCUCUCCUCCCCUGGUGGCUGCCUCUCUCUCUCAUUCCACUCUGACUACUCCAACACCGAGAGGCACACCGGCUUUAGAGGCUUUUAUACUGAUCAAGACUUUGACGAAUGUCAGGACGACCCCGAGAACAGAUGCACGCAGUUCUGUCACAACUUCAUCGGAGGGUACUACUGCUCCUGUCGCCAUGGUUACCACCUGGACGUGGACAAUCACACUUGCACUGUGAGCUGUACUGAGGAUUUCUCAGGGCUGAACAAAGGUGACAUAUCGAGUCCCUCCUGGCCUGCUUCAUACGCAGAGAAUACCAACUGUCAGUACACCCUGUCUGUGGAGGCCCACCUGCAGAUGGAGCUGCACUUCUCUGAUGAUUUUGAUGUGGAACAAAGCCCUGAUGGUCAAUGCAUAGACGCACUGAGGAUUGAGACUCCCUCUGGGACUCUGGGGCCAUUCUGUGGCCACACGCCUCCCCCAUCUCCCUUCCUCACUCAUUCAAAUCAUGUCCAAAUCCGCUUCACCUCUGAUGGCUUUGGCACUAACAAAGGCUUCAGUCUCCACUUCAAGACCAGAGACAAGGUUUGUCCAGCAGUGGUAACCGCACACUCCACUGUGGCUCCUCAGCAACCAGAAUAUCCUCGGGGUCAAACAGUGACAGUCACUUGUGAGCUUGGCUAUGUUGCGACUAUUCAAAGCACCCAGACCGUUUCAUCACAGUAUGUGUCCACAUGCCAGAGUACAGGAAUAUGGGCUCCCAAUUACAUCUGCGAACCUGUGGAUUGCAGCGUUCCUAAUAUCCCAAAAGAUGGUAUCCUUCAGCUGGUGGACGAUAACCCACAGACUCAGUAUAAAGACCAGAUCCAGUUUGAAUGCAGUUCAACUUACUACAUACUGGAAGGAGACGACACGUACACUUGCAGUGCCAGUGGUGAAUGGGUAUCAGCUGGCGGCAAGACGGAGAUGCCAAAAUGCAUUGAAGAGUGUGGGAAGCCUAAAAAACACCCUGCAAGUGCAGGGAGAAUUUUGGGAGGUAAGGAUGCACGCCUGGGAGAAAUACCUUGGCAACUUUUGAUAAGAGAGCCGAAAAGAGGAGGAGCAUCACUGAUCAGUGACCGAUGGGCUGUCACAGCAGCUCAUGUCGUGGAAGAUCUGGCAGAAACCUCUUUGCGCCUGUACGGUGGACUGGUAGAUGGAAGAAAAACAAGAACACAAGCAGGCUUGUCUGACGUAGUUGUCAUGGACAGUGAGAGGAUCAUAAUUCAUCCCAACUAUAUUAAGGGCACUGACGACCGCACAGAUUUUGACAAUGAUAUUGCUCUUAUCCGAUUAGCUUCCAGGGUGACUUUAGGCCCAAACCUCCUUCCGAUUUGUCUGCCAGAGGCAAACAGGGGCAUGGUGGAACAUGAGCAAGGUACGGUGGCAGGCUUUGGGAAGACAGACCCAAAGAGGCAGGGUGUCAAUUUGGUCACGUCUUACAUGUUAAAAUACGCUCAUAUCGGGGUCUACCCCCUCCGUGAGUGUAGGAAUACACCUUCAACAGCAACUAACAAACGCAUGGCUUUCACUAAUAACAUGUUCUGUGCUGGAGCAGAAGGAAAGGACAGCUGCCAGCAAGACAGUGGAGGUCCGUUUGUUUUGCCUAUGUUGGCUGAGGGCAGAGAGCCUUAUUAUCUGACCGGCAUUGUGUCCUGGGGACCCCCCUGUCAGGAGAGGCAAUUCAAGGGUUAUUAUACCAAAGUGGAGAAUUAUGUAGACUGGAUUAAGGAGACAAUUGACAAAAUAGACAAAGAAGACAAAUCUGAGGAAGAAUGGUUUCUGUAUGUGUCAAUGAGUGAGUGCUGGCGGCUGCCCGACCAAGAACCUCCAAUGCAUGGGGGGGUCCAGUCUCCCCAGUAUCCUCAGCCUUACCCUCCCAACCAGAAUAAGCAGUGGGACCUUAGUGUGCCUGAGGGCUACCAGCUCCGACUCACCUUCACCCAUCUGGACAUUGAAGCUUCUGAAGGCUGCCAUUACGACGCCCUGACAGUUUUUUAUGACGACAAGAUUCUGGCAAAGUUUUGUGGCCAUGAGAAUUCUGCUGAUGGGAUUCACCCAGGCAACCAGCCCAUAUUGUCUCCAGGCAACAGACUCACCCUCGUUUUCCAGUCAGACGACAGCAACCCAGAGCGCCACCAGAACGUGGGCUUCUCUGCUCAGUACCAGGCAAUAGACAUAGAUGAGUGUUCUGCACCAGAACCCGCAGAUGGGUCAGGUCCACUCUGCUCUCAGAUCUGCCUCAACACUCUCGGCUCAUACCUCUGCUCAUGUCACCACGGCUUCGAGCUUCGCUCAGACCAGCGCACCUGUGUGUUAUCCUGCAGCGGUGGUAUAUUUGAUGAGUCGGAGGGACAUCUGUUCAGUCCAGGAUACCCCAACCCCCCACCUCAUGCUGUGUCCUGUCAGUACAUCAUUUCUGUAGAAUCUGGCUUCACUGUCUCUCUCAACUUCACUGAUAACUUCCACAUCGAGAGCGUGGACACUGAGCAAGGCCCUAACUGUCUCUACCACUGGUUGCAGGUAACCGUUCCAAACAAAGAGCCUAUGAAGCUGUGUGGUGGAAAGAGUCCAGGUCUGAUAAUCACAAACUCCAACACUGUCCUGCUGGACUACCACACUGAUAAUGACGGCCUGAGCAGAGGCUGGAGCCUGGACUACAGCACACACAGAGUGCAGUGUCCAUUUCCUGGUAAAGUGGGAAGGGGCAGGGUCACUCCUGUCUUGACCGAAUAUCUCUACAGAGACUACAUCUCUGUGCGCUGCGACCCAGGAUACAAGCUGAUGACGAAUGGGCAGGAGAUAGAGAGUUUCUCUACCAUGUGCCAGAGCAAUGGGCAGUGGCAUAUCCCUCUGCCAGAAUGCCACAUAAUUGAUUGUGGAGAACCCAAACCCUUGCUGAAUGGAGGAGUGACCUUCCUGUCUGGCUUUCAGAAUCAAUACCGUUCUAUUGUUCAGUAUCACUGUAAUGAACCAUUUUACUCCCUCCUUGGGGGAACAAAUGUUAGUUUCACCUGUGAAGCAGACAGAAAGUGGAGAUCCAACAAUGAUAUUGUUGUCAGUCCAACAUGUUUACCAGUCUGUGGCCAGCCUAUAAAUCACAUCUCUGCCUAUCAGAGGAUCAUUGGAGGCAGUGAAGCUCCAAACCAUACCAUCCCCUGGCAAGUGCUACUGAGUGUAGAUGGACAUAGAGCAGGAGGAAUGGUGAUUGCUGACCGCUGGAUUAUGACUGCAGCUCAUGUCCUACAAGAGAAUGGAAAUACAGUACCAAAUGAGGUUUUACGGGUUUACAUGGGACUCACUAAUGUUAACACCCUGAGGCAAUCUCCUGUGUAUACCGCCUCAAUCCAUGUUCACCCUGAAUACAACAAUCCCAACAAUGUAAACUUCAACAAUGACAUUGCCUUGAUCAAACUGCGAGAGCCAAUCACAUUCAGAGCAUCUGUUAUGCCAGUAUGUUUGCCAGAGAAAGGUGCCACAUACGUCACUGGCAUGAUGGGACUGGUGUCAGGCUUUGGCCUCACAGAAAGUAACAACAACCGGAUUUUAACAAAUAAGCUGAAGUACGUGCAGCUCCCUGUGGUGGAGCAGGAGACAUGCAGGGCUUCAAUCACUUCAGCGAAAAAGAAAAGGAACAGUGUACCAAGUCUGACAAGUAACAUGUUUUGUGCUGGAGUCCCUGAGGGUGGGAAGGACUCCUGCCAAGGUGACAGCGGAGGCCCUUUUACCCUGACUGAUGACGGGCGGGUCUGGGCUGCUGGGAUCGUCAGCUGGGGGGUUGACUGUGGACAGCAGGGAACAUACGGAGUCUAUACCAGAGUCACCCAGUACCUGGACUGGAUCAACAAGACUAUGCAGGAUAAUUGAGCUUUACUGUAAUUCAUUACAACAUGGUGUGGAAACACAAAAGUAACAACAUUUACAAUAAAGUAAGAAAAAGAGAACAAACUUUGCUCUAAAUAUACUCUUUCUGCAGAGUUAAUGCAUAUUGUGUCACAAAAAAGCUAUAAAUUAACAACUGACAAUAAAAUGAUCAAGUGCACAUUUCUACUUACUAUUGUUAUAACCACUUCCUUCCUAAAAUUACUGAAUGAAUGUCAUACUGAUUGUGAAGUCAUCACAUUGUACUUAAAUCCACUAAAACCUUUUUAAAAUAAAGUGACAUAAUACAGA